AUGGAGGUAGUGAUCAGCGUUGUGCAACCACGACAGGGCUGCUCCUCCGAAGAAGCGUUCCGUUCCCUCUACGACUACGAUGUUCUGUUGACCAACGAACCGUCGUCAACCAGUAGCCCCUCUAAUCGCCACCAGUUCCCUCGUUUUCGUGUCGAAGCCAACGAAGAUCCAACUGAAGUGGCUUAUGCGGUAGCCAAACGACUACUUAGGUUUGUUUUUUGGUUUUUUUAUUAUUUUUGUCUUAUAGCAGCGACAAAAUUAAAUAACAGCAGUGACAAUAGUGUGUAAGG